CCGUUUGGGCUCAAACCGUUUUUCGCUCAGGCCUCCAAUUUGAGGACCAAUGCCGGGGGGAAUCCGUGGAGCCACACCAGCCGGGGCGCGUCGGUGGGACAGCGACGGCGGCCCAACGAAGUCGAAGGUCACCCUCCACAUCUACGACGUGGUGGGGCACGCCCUGGUGCGCAACGUCAAUUGCAUCUUCCGCGCCCUCGGCACCGGAGCUUUCCACACCGGCGUGGAGGUGUACGGGCAGGAGUGGAGCUACGGCUUCUCCGACCAGCGCCACAGCGGCGUCUUCUGCUGCACGCCCAAGAGCUGCAACGUCCACACCUACCGAGAGGCCGUGGAGAUGGGCCAGACCACCCUGUCGCCAGGCGAGAUAAAGACGCUGAUCGAGGAGAUGGCCAGGGCCUGGCCCGGCACGGAGUACGACCUGCUCCGCCGGAAUUGCUGCCAUUUCACGGACGAGCUGUGCCGGCGCCUCGGCACGGGCCCCUUGCCGUAUUGGGUCACGAACCUCGCGAGCGCGGGCGCUUCGCUGAUCGACAACGGGCUCGACUUCAGAAUAGGCACGGUGGCGUCUCGCUGGGCGUCCUCCGCUCGCUGCACGGCCCCGCCGCCCUGGCGGCGCCGGACAACGCGCCCGCCGCCCUGCCCGCACCGGACGCCGAGCGGAAAGACCUGGAGGAGGAGGGGCCGCGGGCGGCCAGGCCGUGGCGUGCCGACAGGGACAUGGAGGUCCGCAAGUGGGAGGAGAUGCUCGCGGUUGGCAUCCCGAUGUUCAUGCGCCACCACCCAGUGACGUUCCAGAGGCGGCUCCACCGCGGCGUGCCCCCGACUCUGCGGUGGCAGAUCUGGAAGGACGCCUGCGGGUACGACUGGCGCGGGCCGGUGGAGCAGUACGACGAGCUGUGCGGGGACAGCCAGUGGAGCCCGCUGAUCGCCCUGGACAUCGGCAGGACCUUCUCCGAGCUCCCAGAGUUCGGCGAGUCGCGCCAGCAGUCGCUCCGCCGCGUGCUCAACGCCUACGCGAACCACAGCCCCACCGUGGGCUACUGUCAGGGCAUGAACUUCAUCGCGGGGCUGCUGCUCCUCGUCUCCGGCAGCGAGCGCGAGACCUUCGGGGUCUUCGUGCGGCUGAUGGACCACGACGGGUUGGCCGGCUUCUACAGGGAGGACAUGCCCCUGCUGCGGACGUACGUGAAGGCCUGCGACCGGCUGGUGGCGGAGCAAUUGCCCGAGCUGCGGGAGCACUUCCUCCGGGAGAGCGUCCCCCUUGCGCUGUAUCUGCACCAGUGGUUCUUGACGCUGUUCAUCAAGAGCUUCCCGCUGGCCACGGUGCUGGUGCUCUGGGACGUCAUCAUCUGCGGCGGCCUGCCGGGGAUCCUCACCAUCGCCGUGACGAUCCUGCGCGUGCUGAAGGACGGCCUGCUGAACCUGCAGUUCGAGGAAAUCAACUCGAUCUUCAAGGCGAUGAAGGAGCAGAAGAGCGGCGAGUUCCUCUCCUACCGCAUCGGCCAGCUCCUGAUGAGGGAGUCGACCGCGGUGGGGCUGCCGGAGCACAUCCAGGAGUACCUCCGGAGCAAGCCCGAGGCGGAGGCGCGCGAGGGGCCGCUCGAGGACGACGAGGACGAGGAGCACUGGUCGGCGCUGGCCGCGCGCCACGACACGCCGAGGCGGCGCCGCCCCGGGGCCACUCGGAAGCACCGGCUCGCGGCCAGCGCGGCCAGGCAGGCGCCACAGGAGAAGUGCGACUGGGCCGAACGGGGGUGCACUUUGGCGGAGAGGGAGCUGGCCUGCCUCGUCCUCGACGACCUGAAGAUCGAGACCCUCGAGCCCGAGCCGGACCCCGUGGCGAGGAACCUCGCCGCCGCCCUGGCCGCGGCCGGCGUUUGCCUCGACGACGCGUCCCUCAGCGCGGACGACGCCCUGUACCUGGGCGUGGCCCCGAGGGCCUGA